AGUUCGCCGAAACCAUUUGUAAGGUAAGGUGAUCGUAAAAAUUAAAAAAAAAUAAUACCGAUUCGUAAUUAACGCAACGAUUAUCAAUAAAACCGCAUUCGACGUGUAAUGGCUUUUCUCCGUUCGAUAGUUAGAUACAGUGUUUAUAAAAAAUACGGAUUAGUCUACGAUUCCUUUCAAACGAAUUCGGGUAAACUUAAAAAUUUAAAUUUAUACCAAAUCGCGUUGAAAUCGACUACUGCUAGUGGUACUUUAGUGGAAAAUGCAACAAACGCAGUGGAAACCCCUCAGCGAGAUGUCUUGGAUAUUACUUUUUCUGACCCAAAAGCGGCUUUUAAAAGUAAAACAAAUUGGGAACUUAUUAGGGCAUAUCUGGUAUAUGCCUUAUGUUCUAUCGAAUAUUUGGUUGACAAUAAUAUGAAGUUAAUGAAACUUGCGGAAAAAAUAUUAGGCGAAAGAUUGUUCGUUUUUUUGAUGAAAUUAACGUUUUAUGGGCAUUUCGUUGCCGGGGAAGACCAGAUGAGAAUUAAACCAACCUUGGAAAGGUUAAGGUCGUUUGGAGUUAAACCGAUACUUGAUUAUUCGGUUGAAGAAGAUUUGUCACAAGAAGAAGCAGAAAAACGUGAAGUAGCAGCUUCUGUACCUGAAGCUGGAGACGAAAAAGUCGAAGGACCUCUAAAACAAUACCACGUAGAUAAGACGUUCGCGGACAGAAGAUACAAAGUACAAUCAGCGAGGACGUACUUCUAUCUCAAUGAAGCUCAAUGUGAGAAAAAUAUGGAAAUUUUUUUGAAAUGUCUAGAAACUGUAGCAGAUUUUCAACACUCAGGCCCUUCUAGAGGAGCAGGACUAGCAGCGGUUAAAUUUACAGCUUUAGGCAGACCUCAACUAUUACUUCAACUGUCUGAAGUAAUUAUGAGAGCUAGGCAGUACAUGACCGAAAUUGUGGGAGGCGAAGGAAACGUUUUAUCCCAUCAUUUGAAAGUUGAAGAUCUAGAAAAUAAAUUCGAAAAAAUUCAAGAUAAAGAAUCUCUGAAAAAAUUUCUCACGCAAGUCACUUCCGAUAAACAUGGUGUGCUCCACUUGUUUCCUUGGUCGGGUAUAAUAGACGACAACCAAGAAUUAAGUGCGACGUUCAGAGUACCGGACUUGAAAUCCGGUAGAAUGAUUAGAUUGAUUACUCAGUUAUCGGCAAAAGAAGAAGAAAUGUUCAGAAAUAUGGUUAGAAGGUUCAACACAAUCGUUAAGGCAGCACAGGAAAUGGAUGUUAGAAUAAUGGUAGACGCAGAACAAACCUAUUUUCAACCCGCCAUUACGCGACUCACGUUGGAAUUCAUGAGAAGAUAUAACAAACAAAAAGCGAUUGUAUUUAAUACCUAUCAAUGCUACUUAAAAAACGCAUUCGACGAAGUUUCCACGGAUUUGGAACAAGCUAAAAGACAAGAUUUCUAUUUCGGAGCUAAAUUAGUAAGAGGAGCUUAUUUAGACCAAGAACGUGCCAGAGCAGCAGCAAUGGGUUACCCCGAUCCAACUAACCCCAGUUACGAAGCGACUACCGAAAUGUAUCACAAUACCCUAUCGGAAUGUCUAAGGAGGAUAAAGGCAUUCAAAACGAAAGGGGAGGAUAAAAAAAUCGCCAUUAUGGUAGCUUCCCAUAACGAAGACACCGUUAGAUUCGCUAUAAAAAAAAUGGAAGAGAACGGAAUUGAACCGUUGGAUAAAGUGAUCUGUUUCGGACAGUUAUUUGCUAUGUGUGAUAAUAUUACGUUCCCGUUAGGCCAAUCAGGGUAUUCGACUUACAAAUACAUCCCGUACGGACCUGUAAAAGAAGUAUUACCAUAUCUAUCUAGAAGGGCUCACGAAAAUAAGGGCGUUUUAAAAAAAAUUGAGAAGGAAAAAAGAUUGUUGGCCAGCGAAAUUUUCAGGCGAUUAUCUAGAGGGCAGUUUUGGUACACACCGAAAGGAAAUUACGUCCCCAUAUAACAUGUUACAACUACAAUUUUAGUUUGAAAUUUAUCGAAAAUAAGUGACAACAUUGUUUGACGACGUAUCUUUGUAGAUAAGUAGUUAUCUAGCAAAGAAAUUAUCUGCACGAGACAGAUUUAUUGAGAUUAUUUGAAUUUAUAACAAGAAAAAAAUAUAUUUCUAAAAAAAAUCGACUUAUUUAUUGUACAUCUGAGUGUAUUUCCAUAAAUAUUUCAGUUUAAUAUUCGAAAAUGAUAAAACUCAAGACUCGAAAUUGUCAAAUAAUAUUUAUGUAUAUUGAGUAAAUGAAAUAUUAAAAUAACGAAAUUAUUUGAUCUAAUAACAUAUAAUGAUGAUACAUACCUUUUCUAAAUCGAUUCAAUGAUAAAAAUUUCAUUUUCAUAAUUAAUUCAUUCACCAUCAACUUAAUUUCAUUUACAUAUUAAUUUUCAAUUACUUGUUUAUUGUUUUAUAACAAAAUGUCACCGAAUGAUGGCAACAUAAAAGUUGACGUUUGGCGCCAGUGCUACCAAUAGAAGAAAAGAAAAAUCACCAUAUCCACAUUGCAUUUUGAUUGGUUCUUAAAUAAUUUAAUGAUGAUAAUUAUAUGUUUUAAUUCGUUGAAAAUAAUGAAAUAAAAAUUCACAGAAUACCUAAUAACUAAAAAAAAUUGAUGUAUAAUAUGAAUAUUGACUAAUAAUAAUAAUAGGAAAAGUAAUUUUAUAGGCCAGUUUUAGGUCAAAAAAUAUGAAAAAUGGAUUUAUAUUUUUGAUAAAUUAAAGCCAUUAAACAUUGAACUCUGACGUCAUAGUUUACAAAACAAAGAACUUCAUUCUCAACCUCACAAACUUUGAUGUCAUUUGAGAAUCUGGAAAAUUAUAUUUUUCGUUUUUUUGCCUUUUCUGGGAUAACUUACGAUGGUGAUGAUAUUUGCUUACACCAUUAGGAAGUAGAGAUUUCAACGAACCAAAAUAUCAAUGAUUUUUAAAAAAAGCUGAUAUUUUGACGGGAGAAUUCCCGUUCGAAAAUUAGGGUACUUUUUCGAUAUUAUGUCAAAAUAACGUGAAUUACAGUAUAUUUGAGACAUAAGAAAAUAAGUUUUCACCAAAUUUUGCAAAAAAAAAGAUGUUUUUUGUAAAAGAUAAAAAUUAAAAACUAAUUUUUUACAUAGAUGCGAAGAAAUUUAAAAUACAAAAGUUCUAGAUCUUCUUAUUACCUACAACUUUGCUAUUUGACUUUUUUUCCAUAGGACUUGUAGUUUUGGAAAUCGAGAUAAACUGUUUUUUACCUUUAAAAACUCACCCUCUUCCUUAUCUUAGAUAGCCCGUAAAUUAUGUUUCCUUCCAUUUUUAUUAUAUUCUCCUUUUCCAAUCCUACUUUUAUUUUUAUUUUUUUUUUAAAGGCUUCUACGCUGGUCUAUUAUUAUAACUUAGACAACAAAAACUCUCAUCGAGUACUUUAUAAUAUAAACAAAAAUAAUUGUUUAAGUUUUUAUAAUUCAUGUUAAAUGAAUUUUAUUACUCUAAAUUAUUUGUAAAAUUUUCACAAUUUUAAAUGCAACGUGUUUAUGUCGAGAUGUUAUUGGAUCUGACGUUUUGUGUCGUUUUAAAAUUUUAAAUUCAAUAUUUUAGAUAAUUCUCAGUUUUUGUACACAUUCGGAUGAAAAAUAAUGUUUGAUAUACGACGACAUCGUGUAUCACCUUCAUGACCUAACCUAACAACCACCAUCGUAUGUGCCAAAAACUUUACGUUUUUGUGUCACUAAGUAUAUUGUAUCAUAGAUUUUGUUGGUUUAUCCCCAUUUAAUUCACCCCAUAGUAGAGUUUUAUUCAUUUUAGAAUUCCAAAAUAUCUCGAAUUUAAAAAAAACUUUUCGUCGCGACCUAUAGUUUUAUUAAUAGUUUUUGUUUUGCUGAUUAAAUGACAUUUAAUCAGCCUGUGAUGUUGAAGUUUCUUUAAAUUAUAUUUUAGGUUUUAUGUAAUUACAUUGUGUAUAAAUUAUAAAUAGAAUAAAAGAUUUAAAUUUUUCAUCAUGUUUUUUUUAAAGUAAUACUGUGAUUAUCUAUACUUGAAUAUUUCAUCUGCACUCGUAAAAGUGAUUUACUGAUAAAGAAAAAUUGAAACUCGAAUAAGGAAAAUUUCGGUAUUUUUAUAAUUUCAAUCCCGAAUGUAAGCAUUGAAAACAUACAAAAUGAACCAACCCAUGGCGGCGAUUGGUACAUAUCGACUCCAUCUUGCAAUGUCAUAUACUUAAUUCUGAGAGUUCACUGGCGAACCAAAUUUUUUACAGAAAGAGAUGCAACUGAAUAUAUGCAUAUACUAGAAUAAAAUUUAAAACUUAAUCAAAAGAAACUACUUUCUUUAUAAAAUCAUAAAAAUUAACGAAAAUAUUCAGGUUAUGUGGCUUCUUACAUUUGAUACUUAAUAUUUGGUCUUAUUGAAAGAGCAAAAUAUUUUUCUUAGUAUAUUAAUUUGAACUGGUUAUCUCAGUGUGCUGUACGUCAAAUAUCGUCACUAUUCAACAUUUACCGAAUGAUUUUUAAAACAUGUUGUCGCUUCCUUUGUUUCUUUUCAAGCUUAAAUAUUUCAGUUUUGUAUCUAUUCGAUAGCAAUGGAAUAAAU